AUGCGCUUGAGGGCGGAGGAAGUCCGACCCCGGUUCCUGAGGAACCACCUCGCUGGUAGAGCAGAGGCUGACACUUUGGGGGCGAACGUCCACAUAGAGGGUGGCGGGAGUCAGGGGGUACUGGGCAUUCAGACGUGGGGGGGCGGUGUCCAAUUUGCUCUCGUCCGCGAGUUCGGUGUGGGUGGGUGGGGGGUGGGGGGGGGUAGAAAGGGAGAUGAGAAACGCGUCCAACGUCUAGAUGAGGCAGGAGGGGGUGGGGGGGGGAAAAAAGGGUAUCAGAAGCGUAGGCGGCGCCCUCUCUCCCUAGACGAGCGCCACGAUUUUCCAUAUGUGUGCGUGGGGGGGGGGGGGGUAACAGAGAAUGGUGGGGAUGCCUAA